AUGGCUCUCUUGGGUGCCGAGUUUGCUAUGAAGGAUCUAGGUCCUCUAAGCUUCUUUGUGGGGAUUGUUGUGUCCCGCGAUGCUAAUGGCAUGUUCUUAUCUCAAAAACAGUACGCCACAGAGAACAUUGAGAGAGCUGGUAUGGCUAAUUGCAGCUCUUGUCCCACUCCUGUUGAUACCAAACCAAAACUUAAUGCAUCGAAGGAUUCACCUUAUGAGGAUCCUACGAAGUACUGCAGUCUGGCUGGUGCCUUACAAUAUCUUACCUUUACUAGACCUGACAUUUCUUAUGCAGUUCAACAAAUCUGCCUUCACAUGCAUGAUCCUAGAAACGAGCAUAUGAGUGCUCUUAAGCAUAUUUUGCGCUAUUUGCAGGGUACUUUGUCUUAUGGUCUACACUUGUAUAAAUCCUCUUUCAACAAGCUCAUUUCUUAUACUGAUGCUGACUGGGGAGGAUGCCCAGAUACUAGACGUUCUACUUCCGGCUAUUGUGUUUUUCUAGGUGACAACUUGAUAUCAUGGUCGUCCAAAAGACAACCAACUUUGUCAUGUUCCAGUGCUGAGGCUGAAUAUCGAUGA